UUUGGGUGCUUUAUGGGUAUUUGGCGCUGAUGUGCAAAGUCAGGCCCGAGUAUUAUGACGUUGUCUUUGUUUAUCUCACCUACUUUUAUAAAAGUCGAGAAGAAAAGGGAGAAGGGACUUUUUGGCCAAUGCGAAGGUCAAGAAGAAAAAUGAGAAGAGGCUUUUCAGCCAAUGCGGGUAUUCUCUAUGUCCUUCUCACUCACAGGAUCAGGCUCGAUUCUGUCCUUCUAGAUUCAAGGUCGAGAUGUCGACGUUUCGAUUGCCUUACUGAGUCAUCAUCUUCAGGGACUUUUAAUGAGAUUCUACUGAACCAUCGGGCAUGAACCUCUGACCAAGAUGUUAGAGCAGGACUUACUCAACUCCAGCUUCUCCCCGGACUACUCGGAGGUGAGCUACAACUGCUCCGCCUUCUCCUCACUGAGUCAAUGCGAGCUGAACUACUCCUCGAACCUCACCGUGACUCACUCUGGAUACAUCAACGUGACCAACGAGAUGCCCAUCUCCUACGCCAUUCCCCUUUACGGAUACUUCAUGCCCAUCCUGUUGGUGAUCACCAUGGUGUUCAAUACGUUGAUCGUGGUGGUGUUAUCCAGGAAACACAUGAGGACACCCACGAAUAUCGUGCUGAUGUCGAUGGCUUUGUGCGAUAUGUUCACCCUGUUGGUCCCUGCACCCUGGUUGAUUUAUAUGUACACCCUCGGGAACCAUUACAAGCCCUUGUAUCCGGUGGCGGUGUGUUACACUUGGAGUGUGAUGCAUGAGAGUCUACCGAACAUGUUCCACACGGCCAGCAUAUGGCUCACCCUGGUGUUGGCCGUCCAAAGGUACAUCUACGUGUGCCACGCCCCUUUGGCCCGUAGACUCUGCACGUUGCCAAACGUCUACAAGUGCGUCGGUUACACCCUGGUUGCCAGCUCUUUGCAUCAGUUGCCGAGGAUGUUCGAUACGGAUUAUAGUUUGACCGAAAUAAGCUGGCACAACCGCACGGUGAGCGUCUGCGUGAAGAACUACGCCUCCUGGGUCCAAGAGAUCCUCAGCCUCGACGUCUACUACAUCUGCUACUACAUGUUCCGCCUGAUCUUCGUGCACAUGCUGCCCUGCAUCGCCCUGGUCACCCUCAACCUCCUGCUCUUCAGGGCACUGAAGCAGGCGCAGAAACGUCGCGACAUCCUCCUCAACUCGAAGAAGAACCAGAAGAACGAGUGCAAGAAGCUGCGAGACUCCAACUGCACCACCCUGAUGUUGAUCGUGGUGGUGAGCGUGUUCCUAUUGGUCGAAAUCCCUUUGGCGGUGGUGACGAUGCUCCACAUCAUCUCCAGUUCGAUCAUCGAGUUCCUCGACUACGACGUCGCGAACACGCUGAUCAUCUUCACGAACUUCUUCAUCAUCUUAAGUUACCCGAUCAAUUUCGCGAUCUACUGCGGCAUGUCGAGGCAGUUCCGUGAGACUUUCAAGGAGAUCUUCAUCAACGGGAACGAGGGAGCCAGGAACGGAUCGUCGCGUUAUUCGAUCGUUAACGGACCGAGGACUUGCACCAACGAGACUGUUUUGUAAUUUUAAUUUUUUUUUUGUUGUUGUUGACAGGGAAAUGGGUGGCAAUUUAUUUACUUGGGUGUUUUUUAUUGAUUCAGAGGGCGCAUGCGUGAAACCCCCUACCCCCAUUGAGUCGGCCUCUUUACACAAGAAUGACCGGUUUAAGGUAAAAAAUCUAAUGUCAGUGACUGACGUCACGUCUUGUUUCAAAUGGCGGCCAUCUUGCUAAGAUCUCUAGGGCCACGCCCAGGUUUAGAAGGAAGAUCUUCGAAACAAAAGAAGAUAGAUGAAAGAGAGAUGAGAGUUGUUUAAAAGUCAAAUGUCAAUUUAUUGUCGAAGGGUCGUAUGUCAAUUAUUGUCUUGUCGAAUGUCAAGUUCCUAUCCUGGUUUUCUGGCUUUUCUUUUGGAACUGGAGAGUUUCGACAUUAAGGUUUUUUAAUUGUUAUUUUAUGGGCAAUCUAUAGCAAAAAAAGUUUUUUGAUUCAAUUAAACAUUUGAAUUUUUUCGUAUAUUUCGAGAAAAUUGCCUCUUUUUGCCUGGAGGUUUUUCACGAUUUUCUCCCACUGUAUGAAAGAUAAAAUUAAAAUUUCUUUUCCCCAAGAUUGCCCUUUUAAUUUUGAACAACUUUUAUUUGAACUAUUUCCCUCUCACACUUACAGAUUUUUUGUAAAAAAAUUAAAAGUGAUUUUGAAAAGAUAAAUCACGGGUCUACCCCUUCAAAUUGCUCUAAUGCAUGUGUUCUUAUGGGAAUUACACUUUUUGAA